AUGUUCGCGUGCUGUGAGGUGCCGACUGUAGAUGUCAUCGUGCCGGAGCCCGUCUCCUUGGAGGCAGUGAAGCUGGGGGGCGAGAACGCGUGGGGCCCCCAAUUCGUGCAUUCCGGCCUGACCUGCGACGAGCUCCGGCGGGGCAUGGCUGCGGACCUCGACGUCCGCUGGCGCUCCCUGCAGCUGGUGGCUGGUGAGCGCCGGUUGGAGGGGCCGCAGACCUUGGAGGACAUGGGGUUCGUAGAAGGGAAGUAUCAGGUCCAGAUGGUCCUGCAGGACAACUCCGCGGAGAUUCGGCAUAUCCAAGAAGCCAUCGUGAAAGGCGCCACAGCCGACAAGGUGAGCCUGACGGAAGGCUUAUCGGAUGAUGAGGUGGACAUCCUUGAGAAGAAGUACGGGUUUCGGUUUCCCCCAGAAUUCCUGGAGUUUCUGCAGGCCGGUGUCCUUGUGGGCGGUGGCUGGCAUGAUUGGCAUACCUUGGCAUCACGUGAACUCGAAGGUGAGAAAGAUACUGUGGCCUGGAUCAUCAAGUGCCACUGCACACCAGAGGAAGACGACUACUACUACUUGAAAGACUGGUGCCCGCCCGAAGAGAAGAGCAUGGAGAAAGCUGUCGAGUAUGCCACCAAGGUCUACCCCGUGAUUCCCAUGCGGAUCCAUCGAUGCAUCUGCACCGUACCUCACACCACGGGCUUGCCAGUACUGUCCAUGCACCAGAUGAGUGAUAACAUCCAAUAUGGCAACAACUUUUGGGAUUGGGUUGCCCGCGAUACUCAUUUGCCAGAAGGCACUGUGCCAGAGGAAUGGAAGGCAAAGAAGUCCAUCCCCUUGGAAGAGGUACCCUUCUGGCAGCACUGGAACAACUGA